AUGGAAAUUGACGGUAACACACUGUUGAUAAUUAUUAUCAUUCUUUUUUUAUUCUUUUCCACACCAGGUGGUGAUGGGGUAUCAUCACAGUAUGAAUUUAAUCAAUUACAAAGUUUCAAAUCACAAUUGAACACAGAAUAUGAGUCGUUUGAACAAAUGAGCUACAAUAGUGGAUUUCGUAAUAUUACCGGUUUUAAACUGUCGUUUAAUGAUGUUAAAGAUGAUCCUCAGAGAAAUGCAACUUAUCCGAUACCAUCUAAAGACUAUGAUCGUUGGUUUCAAAAUCAAGAUUAUCUAAUUUUACCAGAAGAUGUAACUACUAGAGUUAAAAACGAAGUUUGGUCACCAAAUAUGAAUAAACCUGAGGAGAAUGUCUUCCCACCUAAUAUCACUAGUAGUCUUUUGGGCAGAAUUCAACUAAUCUCGAAUAAUAAACACCCACGAAUUCCAAUGCCAGUACCAAGAUUUUAUGAAAGUCCAACAGAGUUUUCAGAUGUUACACCGCCCGAAGGUGAAACUUAUUUUAAAGAUUGGCCUGCGCAUAGUGAAUUACACAAUGUAACGUUUGAUACAGGUGAACUGACUAUUCAAUUGACUCAUGUUGAUAAAGUUCCUUCACAACUGGGAUCGCAAAAGAAGAAGUUUUUCAAUUCUCAAACUGAUAGAUGGAAAUUUUUAAAUUUAAGAAUUUCACUUUCUGAUAAAAGUGAACAUGAAAGGCACUCGUUGUAUACUAAUGCGAUUUAUGAUGUACGAAGAGGUAGAAUUUUGGCAAUGACCGAAAGUGCGAAAUUCCAUUCGCUAUUUGCAUUUCCCCAUUAUAUGAACUUACAAAAUGAUAAUGAUAACGAUGAUGAAGAUACAUUUGAUUCUUUGAAAAAAGCGGUAAAAGAAUACUGGGAUAAGUCCAAUUUUGUUAAAACUUUAACGAUGGGUGACUUACAGAGUUGGUAUGACGAAUCUAUCUUAAAAUGUGAAUAUAUGGUUUUCCUACAGUUAAGCCCUUGGAAUCAAUAUACACGUGAUCAAAUCAAGAUGAUUGAUGACGAAUUAAAUUGGCCAUUGGGUAGACCUGCAAAUCUAUCACAUUUACCUCCAGUUACCGUUAGCAAGGGGAUUUUAUACUCUCCGGAUUGUGGUGUGGAGCUUGAAUUCCACGAUGCAAAGGGUGAGAGGUACGGAUUAAAGAUAAGGUCGAUUAGAACACACCUUUUAUUUGGUAUUGGUUUAUUCAUUGCUCAGAUUUACUUGUUACUGUGUCAAAUGCACCAUACAAAUACUCCUUCCAGUGUGAAUAAAAUUUCAGUUUACUGUUUUUCCAUGAUUAAUUUGGUGGAUGGAUCCCUAGCAACGAUCUAUUUUUUCUCUGCAAGCAUCUUACCUGAAUUGUAUCUACCGCUUGUUACGAGUGCAUUUGCAUGUUUUAUUCUAGCAUCUGUUUUUGAAACGAGGUAUUUGAUCUCCGUUUAUGCAUCUCAGCUCAAUGAAAGAAACGUUGGUAUUUCUACUUUACUUCGUGGCGGUCAUUCUACUAAUGAAGACACAGACACAGCUACUGCUGUGGUUCCAGAUGAAUCAUCCAUAAGUGGUUCUCUUUAUGCUAGAUUUUUUUUCAUGCUAGUCUCUUUUACGCUUUUAUCAAUGAGCGCUAGGUGGUGGCCUCGUAAAGUGAGAAUGAUGUUUGAAUAUUCGGCCAUUAUUGUAUUAAACUCCUAUUGGUUACCACAAAUCUUUAGAAAUGCCAUCAAAGGCACUCUUCCAAGAAGAAAUAGAUUAAGAAACCAAAGAAUGAACGAGGCUAUGGGCGUUAGAAGACAAAAUAAAAUGCCCCUCUUGUGGAAAUUUGUGUUGGGUACCACUUUCAUCAGAACUUUACCAGUGGUCUACGUGUUCACGUAUUCUUCUAAUGUCUUUAGACAUCAUCGAAAUGUGAGAUUCGUCGUUGUACUAUGCCUAUGGCUCUUAUUCCAAAUUGCAGUUUUGUAUUCUCAAGAUAUAUUGGGAUCUCGUUGGUUCUUACCCAAACUAUCUAUUCCUGAAGGUUAUUCAUAUCACAAGGCCAUGCCAGCACAAGAUCUUUUGGAGCACGGAUCAACUGCUGGAUAUACAAUUGAUUGUGCCAUUUGCAUGUCAGAAGUUCCAAUUCGUGUGGAAGAAGUGCCAGAGACUCAUAAAGUGGAUGAACAAACAUACAUGGUAACACCAUGUGCUCAUAUUUUCCAUACUCAAUGUUUGGAGAACUGGAUGAGUUACAAAUUACAAUGUCCCGUGUGCAGGUCACCAUUACCACCGUUAUGA